UAUAAUACAUAAACAUAACUUUCCUUAAAAUCGAUCCAUAUUUAUUUGUUUUUCUUCUUAAUUGCUGACGAUUUUACACAGAAUAAGAGCGAAUUAAAUUGUUUUAACGGUGUGAGACGCCAGCUGUCGAUAGCACCAUCUGCUACUAUCGAUUGUGGCUCGAAAGCGCUCAACCAUCGGUAGCGUCGAUAAUGUCAUUGAUUGUUUUCCACCUCUAUGUUAAAUUGUGGCGGCAGCGCAAUUGCCAAAGAAAAAGCGGACGUCGUGCUUAAAUGAAAUUCAUGAAAUGUCUAAUAUUUUGAAUUCACAAAGCCUUCUAGAUGCAUUCCAGUCGAUAGACAUUACCGACGAGCUAAAUGAAUGCACAACAAGCUCAACAAAAAGCAUUUUGCGGCAUCAACAGCAACAACAACAACAAGAUGCGAAAAAUGGCAACAACAGCAACGACAUCGACUGCAACAUCGAAGUUGACACUCACGACAAUCUCACGUGCAGAAUGCCCCAAAGAGCGGCAGAUGAUGCGGACAAUGGUGACGAUUCUGACUCGGAUGUUAUUAUCGUUUCGGAUACAUCAGAAACUUCGUCAAUUGUCAGCUACAUUAAUCCAUCGGAUUUGAGCUCAGAUAGCGACGACAACAACGACAUUUGUAAGGCUUCGGCAAUACUCGAAACCGAAAGCGAGAACGAUUCUUACAUUGAUGAUGAUGAGGAGCUAAGUGAUGACAGCAGUAUGGAAAAGUUUGUGAGUGCAUUUAAACUCAAAUUCGAAUCAUUCUUGAGCGGUAACGAGUCAUGUGAUCAAGGCAAAGGAGACAUCGACACUCAAGACAAUCUCACGUGCCGAAUGCCCCAAAGAGCGGCAGAUGAUGGCGACAAUGGUGAUGUCUUCGACUCAGACGUUAUUAUCGUUGCGGAUACAUCAGGCAUUUCCAAGGCUUCGACAAUACCCGAAUCCGAAAGAGAGAACGAUUCUUACAUUGAUGUUGAGAAGCUAAGUGAUGACAGCAUGAUGGAAAAUUUUGAGAGUGCAGCAAUUAAACUCAAAAUUGAAUUAUUCUCCAGCGGUAGCGAGAAGUCCAAGGCAACGGAGUCAGGUGACCAAGGCAAAGGAGACAUUGACAGCAACAUCGAUGUCGACACUAAAGAAAAUCUCACGGGGAGAAUGCCCCAAAGAGCAGCAGCCGAUGCGGAAUCCGUAUCCGUUUCGUAUACAUCGGAAACUUCGUCAAUUGUCAGCUACAUUAAUCCAUCGGAUUUAGACACAGAUAGCGACGACAACAACGACAUUUGCAAGGCUUCGGCAAUACUCGAAACCGAAAGCGAGAACGAUUCUUACAUUGAUGAUGAUGAGGAGCUAAGUGAUGACAGCAGUAUGGAAAAGUUUGUGAGUGCAUUUAAACUCAAAUUCGAAUCAUUCUUGAGCGGUAACGAGUCAUGUGAUCAAGGCAAAGGAGACAUCGACACUCAUGACAAUGAUGGCGACAAUGGUGAUGUCUUCGACUCAGACGUUAUUAUCGUUGCGGAUACAUCAGACAUUUCCAAGGCUUCGAUAAUACCCGAAUCCGAAAGAGAGAACGAUUCUUACGUUGAUGUUGAGAAGCUAAGUGAUGACAGCAUGAUGAAAAAUUUUGAGAGUGCAGCAAUUAAACUCAAAAUCGAAUUAUUCUCUAGCGGUAGCGAGAAGUCCAAGGCAACGGAGUCAGGUGACCAAGGCAAAGGAGACAUUGACAGCAACAUCGAUGUCGACACUCACGAAAAUCUCAUGGGCAGAAUGCCUCAAAGAGCGGCAGGCGAUGCGGAAUCCGUAUCCGUUUCGGAUACAUCGGAAACUUCGUCAAUUGUCAGCUACAUUAAUCCAUCGGAUUUAGACACAGAUAGCGACGACAACAACGACAUUUGCAAGGCUUCGGCAAUACUCGAAACCGAAAGCGAGAACGAUUCUUACAUUGAUGAUGAUGAGGAGCUAAGUGAUGACAGCAGUAUGGAAAAGUUUGUGAGUGCAUUUAAACUCAAAUUCGAAUCAUUCUUGAGCGGUGGCGAGCCAUGUGAUCAAGGCAAAGGAGACAUCGACUGCAACAUCGAAGUCGACACUCAUGACGAUUCUUACAUUGAUGUUGAGAAGCUAAGUGAUGACAGCAUGAUGGAAAAGUUUAUGAGCGCACCAAUUAGUCGCAAAACCGAUUCCUUCUCCAGCGGUAGCGAGAAGAUUAAGGCAAAGGAGCCAUCGCUAGAACUGAGUCUUCUAAAAGAGACGCCGUUGGAUGCACCCAAAGUAAUAAACACGCGCAGUGGACGCGUUUUGCGUCAACGCAUCGAUCACAAGGUCGACAAAGCUCACCUCGAGGUUGAUGAUGAUGACGACGACGAUGAGGAUUAUGUGUUAAAAGUCCGUAAGAAGCCCACACGCAAACGUCGCGUCUCCGCACUGCUGAGUAGCGACUCCAACAGCAGCAGCAUUGCCAGCUUCUCCAUGACGGACAACGCUGAUGCCGCACUCAUCUAUGUGGAUUUGCAGCAGCCGGUAGCCAUUGUCAGCAGCGAGCCAACUGCUGAUGCUACUGCCGUUGAAUGCGAUAGCGAAUUGAAAAUGCGUUUGGACAAGUUUUUGGGUUUACGACCGGCACAGCGGCGUCUCUUCAAUCCCAUGGCCAACUAUGAGUUCGAGGACAAUCACAUGGAUGAGGAUACACCUCCAAGCUCACGCCUCUGGGCAGCACACAAUGCGCACAUUGCUGUCAAAGAACCAAAAGCCCAAGUGGCGGCGGCAACAUCGACGCCGAUAGUAAAAUCCCUGGAUGCGAAGCUAACUAAUGAAAUGAAAAUGCUGAUCCUCGAUGAUAUUGUGCAACGCACGAAUGCCAAUUACUUUGAGAGUCAAACGCCGCAGCACAUUAAGAAACCUAUUGAUCUGAGUGGUCUACCCAGCGAGGAGGUGCGUGCGGUCAAUUGUCAGCAGCACAAGGAGACCACCAAUUUGCUAGAACGUUAUGAGGGUUUCUACAACUUUGUGGAUUCACUACGUCCUGAGACGCCUUUUAACAUGUGUCAUCCACUCGCUGUCUACUAUCGCAAGCGUGACUUUGAAUCGUCGAAAGCAGGGCUGGCCAAGACACUGUUCAAUGUGCUCAAUCACAGCAUCUUCCAUUGCGGUCUGCGCCGCAUAAUUACAUGGAAGAGUUGCAUGAACACACCGAGCGCAAUUGUGCAUUCCAUUGAAGGUGAUGGCCAGCGCACCUCACGCAUCGUUCUUUGGAAGCAUAUGAAGCAGCCGAUCAUGCUGGUGAAGGUGCUGUUACACGAGAUGUGUCAUGCUGCUGCCUUUGUAUACCACGGCGAGACAGGACAUGGCGAUCACUGUCGCAAGUGGGCUUAUCGUGCCAAAUCGGUGAUUCCGGAGCUGCCACAGAUUGAUGAUUGCAAUGCCAAGUUCAAGUACACCUGUCUGCUGUGCCGUCGACGCUCGCAUGGCAUCAUCAAAUUCGAAGAUGAAGAGCAACAGCUGCGUUGCCACUAUUGUCAAUUCGAGGUGAAUGUGGAGAAGUUUAAUGCGGAGGAGGUGCAUGCUUUAUCCUUAACCGAUCGUCUGGUUACGCCCUUCAAGCAGUUUGUGCGUGAGAAUUACUUAAAGUGCGUCGAGAGCACGCACAGCUCGAAGAUGCAGUCGCUGAAUAGGCAGUACAAGGAGCAACUGCAGCAGCACUAGCAAGCCAGCUAAAGCAAAUAUAUAGAAGAUAAUAUAUAAUAUAUAUAUAUAUUCAUAAUAAUAUAUAACAU